UUACAAAAAAGGAGACAUCCGAGGCCGAUUUGCAUUGUCAAGUGAAAGUUACAUCUGACGAGCUAAGUUUCUGGAGUAGUCAUACUGCUCUCCGCAAAUCGCCAUCUGUAAUUUUUUAUGAAAGGAGUAGAAGCUUGAAAACUUAAAGGAUGUUUGUUGCUACUGUAGUGUUGUUAGCUGGAAUUUUCCGCACAGGAUGGAGCCAAUGUCCAGAACCUGACGGAUUUUUUCCACAUGAGAGGCAGUGUGACCGCUACUACCUCUGUCGAGAAGGUGAGAUCAGUGAAGGACUUUGUCCUGAUGGUUUGGCUUUCAAUGAUCAAGUCUCCCAAUUCAAUCCCCGCUGUGAUUACAUUCAGGACGUUGACUGUAGUACGAGACCCGAUCUUCAACCUGCUCAACCAUCUGAUCAUUGUGCCCGCCAAUGGGGUGAUUACCCUCAUGAAACAGAUUGUGGCAAAUUUUGGCGAUGUGUAGAAGGUUUUGCGUACGAAUUUACAUGUCCAGAAGGCUUGGCUUAUAGCCCUAGUAUCAGAACCUGUAACUGGCCGGAUAUGGUUGCCGAAUGUGACAGUGAAGCAUUUCUGGGUUUCCAAUGUCCUGAACCAACUCCCGAGGAAAUUCGACUCUUCGGCAACCCACGCUACCCUCACUCCUCAGAUUGUAAAAAGCUGUUCGUGUGUGUGGUAGACAACAACGAUACCAUUGGUACCAGAAGAGUUCCUCGCUUGUUGAGUUGUGACGAAGGUCUCGUCUUUAACCCUUUCUUGUCUUUGUGUGACAUUCCUGCUAACGUUACUGGAUGCGAAAACUAUUACGAAAACUUCAUUGGAUAAAGGUUCAUACAACUUGUAAUUAUGCAAGAUAUCCUGGAAGAUGCUGGUUAGAUGCAACGUUAAACACAAUAUAUAUGUACGUGAAUUUCCUGAAAAAAAAAUUUUCU